UACGUUGCUGACUUUUUUUUUUUACCCAAAUAAAAGCAACGUUUCUCGGCAUCUAGAUGUUUUUUUUUCCGUGGCGGUUUUGUCCAUGCUGCGUGGUUCCCGGCGGGUUGUGGGUCUGCGUCCUUAAACAUCCCUCCAUGGCACAGUGGAGCUGCCAUUUCUGGGAUUCUGAACCUCUGGUUCCCCGGUACAGCAGUGGUUACCCGUCCUCCGGAAAACUCAAGGCCAUGGGAGGGGAGAAGCCGGAUUCUCAAGUAGACCGUCUCGUGGGGAGAGGCAAUGUGAUGGGGAAGCCCCGCCUCCCCUGUCACCAAGGAGACGGCAGGCCCAAUGACACUGCGCCGAGAAGAAUGGCGCUUUCAGGAGCCGGGAGCCAGAGAAGCAGCUCCAAGCUGGAGCAUUCCGGAAGACCGGCCUUUCACCAGAACGGCCAGCGGAUGCCCAUGUCCAAGCGCCUCCACCACCUGCUCAUAUAUAUAUAUAAAUAAUGAGAAACCCGGGCCAAAUUUGAGAAAGUCAAGGUUCCUGGGUUACAGUGAUUGUUGGGGCCCAGCAACAGUCUAAAAGUUCCAGUAUAAAGUCCGGACUGGAAAGGAUAGAUCCAUGUUAGCUGUUGCAUCUUGACACGUACUGGGGAGUUUGCGUUUCACACGGGGGGGGGGGAGGGCGGAGGCAGUGUCCACAUGGAUGCUCCUGGCAGCAAUGCCACACUUUUUGUGCAAUUCAGCAAAUUGUUGCGCUAAGUGGGCUUAUCUCCCCCUGUACAGAGGUUGCGUCACAGGGCCCAAAACGGCCUCAUCCUGUCCGGGGGUGUUGGGCGGGGAGGAGGCGGCGAGGGGAGUUCAUGUCAUCGGGUCACGGCUGCUCCCAAAGAAGGAAGCAGUGGAGCAGCGUGGGCCCCCACCCCUUGCAGCGGUCCCGCGGCGUGACGCUCUCGCUCUCUCUCUCGCUCUUCCGGCUGUGCCGCCCGCCCUAAAUCGAGCGAAGGUUUCCUGGUCGUGCCGAGAAGCGUCUUCGGCUCGGAGGAAGCAUGAUUCGGAGGAACCGGCUGUUUAGGAGAAAAUGCUGUGAGUGUGGUGUCUCCCUAUCACACUGGUACUAUGAGAAGGACGGCCGGCUCUUCUGUAAGAAGGACUACUGGGCCAAGUUCGGGGAGCUGUGUCAUGGCUGCUCGGAGCCCAUCACCACGGGCCUCAUCAUGGUUGCAGGGGAACAGAAAUAUCACCCAGAAUGCUUCACGUGUCUGAACUGCCGGGCCUUCAUUGGGGACGGGGACACCUAUGCCCUGGUGGAACGCUCCAAACUCUACUGCGGGCACUGCUACUACCAGACCAUCGUGACCCCUGUGACCUUGCCAGACUCCCCCUGCUCUAAGAUCCCCCACACGGUGACGCUGGUGUCCAUUCCGGCCUCCACUGAUGGCAAGCGUGGAUUCUCCAUCUCCAUCGACCAGGGCUGCAGCUCCAACGGCUUCGGUCACAGUGGCGUCCCGGCGGAGCACGGCCACACGGUCCGAGUGUCAGAGGUGGACACGGAGUGUAUUAGCCCAGAUGUAAAGAACUCCAUACACGUAGGGGAUCGGAUCCUGGAGAUCAACGGGACCCCCAUCCGGAACGUUCCGCUGGAUGAAAUCGACCAGCUCAUCCAGGAAACCAGCCGUCUUCUGCAGCUGACUAUCGAACAUGACCCCCACGACCAGGGGGAUUCCAGGGACCUCCUGGACAGCCCUAGCCCCCUUUCGGAAGUGUGCAGCCCUGUGGGACCGAUCACACACCCACCCAACUCGGAUGUCCACAGCUUGCGUACCAGGGUCAUUACGCGCAGUUACAGCAUCGACAAGUCGCCGUGCUCCAGCAACACGGCCUCUCCGCUGUCACAGCGGAAGGACAUCGCCCGCUCCGAAUCGCUGCGCGUCGUGUCCAACCGGACGCACCGCAUCUUCCGGCCAUCUGACCUCAUCCACGGCGAAGUGCUGGGCAAGGGCUGCUUCGGGCAGGCCGUCAAGGUGACACACCGGGAGACGGGGGAGGUGAUGGUGAUGAAGGAGCUCAUCCGCUUUGAUGAUGACACUCAGAGAACCUUCCUCAAGGAGGUGAAAGUAAUGCGCUGCCUUGACCAUCCCAACGUGCUGAAGUUCAUUGGAGUCCUGUACAAGGACAAGAGACUCAACUUUAUUGCGGAGUACAUCAAAGGUGGCACCCUGAGAGACAUCAUCAAGAAGAUGGACAACCAGUACCCAUGGAACCAGAGAGUCGGCUUCGCCAGGGACAUUGCAGCAGGCAUGACGUACCUGCAUUCCAUGAAUAUCAUUCACCGGGAUCUGAAUUCCCACAACUGUCUCGUCAGAGAGAACAACAGUGUGGUGGUAGCUGACUUUGGACUCGCCCGUCUCAUGGUGGAGGACAAAAACCCGGACAGGCUGUCCACCGGCAAAAUCCAGGGCCUGAAGAAGCCAGACCGGCGGAAGCGGUACACUGUUGUGGGGAACCCCUACUGGAUGGCCCCCGAGAUGAUCCAGGGAAAGAGCUACGAUGAAAAAGUGGACAUCUUUUCCUUUGGUAUCAUGCUCUGUGAGAUCAUUGGCAGAGUGAAUGCAGACCCGGACUACCUGCCCCGGGGUAUGGACUUCGGGCUCAACGUCAGGGGAUUCCUGGAGCACUACUACUCUACAGAUUGCCCCUCGUCAUUCUUCCCCAUGGCUGUCAUGUGCUGCGACCUUGAUGCCGAGAAGCGACCUGCAUUUGCCAAGUUGGAGGAAUGGCUGGAAAACCUAAAGAUGCACCUGGACAUCCGGCUGCCACUCACCUCCGAGCUGGACCAAGUACACCGCAACUUCUGGCAGGACCACCCCAGCUCGGACAACGGGCUACACACGCACCCAGAGCAGCCCGAGUAGGGCGCCCUCUGGGGGGGAUGGGGCUGGAGGUGACGGACCUCUGCUAGACCCCAAGGACGUAGAUUGAGAGGUUUUAGAGGGGCUUGAGCCCCAUCACACAUAGCAGUGCUGACUGGUGCCAUGGCAGUCACUGAAAGCUCUAUAGAUAACUGUUAGCAUGAUGUCCACAAGGGGGCGCUGUGGCAAUCGAUGUCGGGGCAGCUUGGCUGGGAUGCUGCCCAGAAUGCUUCAAGAUGUUCUUUCAAAUCCCACUCAAGCCAUUGUCGUGGUUUUGGGCCAGUCCUUGACCUUGGAACGUCAUUCUUGUCUCAGCUUCUGUGCGAUGAGCACCGCGAUAGUGUAUGUUGUGCUGUUGCACGUCUCGGGGGUUCGUGUUUUAGCCCACAGACGCUCCUUGUUCAGCUUUGGCCUGUUCUGCUGUAUUCCCGUGCUGUGUGCUUAUGGGUAACGUCUCUUGGUGUCAUUUAAUGCCUUUAAUGCAAUUUUAUUUUUUCCCAUUCGGAAAACAGGCAGGAAGUCAGGACUUUAAAUGACAUGGCCGUUUCUGUGGUAACGCAGGAUGCAAUUCUUUUUGAAUGGCAUCUGAGAGAAGGGAGCAGAUGUAUGACCAUGGUGUCUCACUUCUGCCCCCUUGUGUUCCUUCAGCACUGGUGCCACCCAAUGUGUCAGACUAGCUGAGGAAGCUAACAUACAUUUGUCAGACGCUCCAUUUGUCUGCAGAUCUCCUGACGGUCACCUCAGCUCACCUGUAAUGGCAUCCCUAUGGAGUUCUGGUCACCUGUUCACACAUUAUCCCUGUAUAUAGCUGAUGGAAUCGAGUAAUGUAAAUGUUUUAAAUAUUGUAUAUGUACAGAAAUAUUUUGUAUAUUGAUGCUACAUUGCCAUAUUUUUAUUAAGAGACGUGAUGAGAAUUUCAAAAGGAAAAAAAAAAAAACAGGCAAAAGCCAAAUUGGAGCAAG